GUUACGCUACGCAAGUUACGCUUCAUGUGAAUCCAGCCUGACAUUGUCGGCACACGCGUUUCAUGUGUGCGAUCGCGAUGUGUGUGUGAUAUGCGCGCGUGUGUGCGCAUGCAUUUAAUUUAUAUGCGAUACACGGAGAUCUCGCUGCUCGCUGGACCUUGCUCGACUUGCUCUCCCUUGCGAGCAGAGUUCUCUCAAUCACGAUAGCUGCGCGACGAGUUACCGUAUCAAUAUAUAACGGAUAAGGCUUAUAAUGCCGUUGCAGGUUCAUGACGUGCAGCAAAAUGUCGUGGAGCCAAUGCAAGUUGAUGCUCCUACAGAGGAUAAUGAUAAUGCUGAGGAAGAACCGUAUAUAGUAGAAAACCCGACUCUAGACUUGGAAGUGUACGCUAACAGCUACACUGGGCUCGCAAAACUAAACAGGCUUAUAUACAUUGCCGAUCACUGUCCGUCGUUGCGAAUAGAAGCGUUGAAGAUGGCGAUUACUUAUGUGAUGACUACAUACAACGUCGGGCUGUACGUAACGCUGCAUAAAAAGCUCGUGGAGGCCAUGGGCUAUACCUCUGGGUUACCAGACAUAGCAGCACAAUCGACCUCUCAGGAUAUGCCGACGCUGGAUCAAACAUGGGUGGAGACUCGGGCUAAGAAGGCCGCUCUUAAAUUAGAGAAGUUUGAUACCGAUCUGAAGAAUUACAAGAGUAACUCUAUCAAGGAGAGCAUACGAAGGGGUCACGACGAUUUGGGAGAUCACUACUUGAACUGCGGUGAUCUUGUUCACGCUUUAAAAUGUUACUCCAGAGCGCGAGAUUACUGCACCAGUGGCAAGCACGUUGUGAACAUGUGUUUGAACGUGAUCAAAGUUUCUGUUUACCUACAAAACUGGUCUCACGUACUUAGUUAUGUCACCAAGGCCGAAAGUACGCCAGACUUUCCGGAACUGCACGGUAAAGAUAACAAUCAGGCGAUAGUCACCAAGCUGAAAGUGGCAGCGGGCUUGGCGGAAUUGGCGACGAGAAAGUAUAAGAUGGCCGCGAAACAUUUUCUACAAGCAUCUUUAGAUCAUUGCGACUGUCCCGAGCUGCUGUCCCCUGGAAACGUGGCUCUCUACGGGGGCCUUUGUGCUUUAGCCACCUUUGAUAGACACGAAUUGCAGAAACAAGUUAUAUUUAGUAGUUCCUUCAAAUUAUUUCUAGAAUUAGAGCCUCAGCUUCGAGAUAUAAUUUUCAAAUUUUACGAAUCAAAAUACGCAUCCUGUUUGAAGCUGCUCGACGAGAUAAAGGAUAAUAUUCUCUUGGACAUGUACAUAGCACCUCACGUGAACUUAUUAUAUACGCAAAUCCGAAAUAGGGCCUUGAUACAAUACUUUAGUCCUUACCUAAGUGCAGAUAUGAGACGAAUGGCAACUGCGUUCAAUAGAACUGUAUCCGAAUUGGAAGAUGAACUCAUGCAACUUAUUCUCGACGGUCAGAUUCAGGCUCGUAUAGAUUCGCACAACAAGAUUUUGUAUGCAAAGGAUGUCGACCAACGUAGCACCACUUUUGAAAAGUCCAUGAGUGUUGGAAAGGAUUAUCAGAGGCGUACUCGAAUGUUGAUCUUACGAGCUGCAAUGUUAAAACAGCAAAUUCACGUAAAGAGUCCUCAACGCGACAGCACACAAGGAGGUGAAAUGUCAGUAGCACCUGGAAAUGGCACUUUAGCCGUGAAAAAUUGAAGUCGUACGCGCAUCGACAUCUCGUUUUCGGAAGAAGCAAAUUUAUACGCGUAUCUCGCUUUCGACUGCCACGUCCAUCUAGGUAUGAAAUAAGAUUUCACCAUCGCAUUCGACAUUGUGUUAUUUCUGCAAAAUCAAUGAUCUGUACCUCAUUUUCAACAUAUAGUAUAUGGUAUUUGUGUAUAUAUACAUAUAUAUACAUAUAUAUAUAUUAUUGGUAUGUUGCCUUGUUUUAAAAGAAAAACAAAGUGACUUUAUCUCCAGUAUAUUGAUUAUAGAAUACAAGAGUGUAACAUAGAUUAAUUCUUCGAUUAAUUAAACAUAAAAUAAUGGUCUCUUUUGCAACAAAAUUAUAUCGAGAAACCGUAAAUCUUAAGUUCCUCUGUACACAAGCGAUGUGAAUAAACCUAAGACCUUAACAUAUUCCACAGGGAAUUAGAAUAAUUAUAAAUAAAUUUCUUGUAUUACAGUC